AUGCCUGCCCUUCAACUUCUUUCUACGGAACUCGAGAACUCCGGAUGGGAAAACGAAAUAUUACUGAACAAAAUUCAGACAUUGAUGAAUCAAGGAUUGGUCAUGGCAAGUCGCGGAGCACCGGACAACCGCGCAUUUUCCGUUGAAGAGCUUGCAUGGUUUGCCAAGGCCAGUUAUAGUAUUGCUUCCAGAGUAUUCAGAUCGACCAAACUGGAUUCCGUCAUGCAUCUACUAGACAUAUCUAUCAAAGCAAGUUUCGCCGAUGGUUGCCAACACCAUGAUGUCAAAGAGCAGAUUGUUCUAUCGGAACACUAUCUCCUCUGCGACUCCCUCAAAAUAGUCAAAAUCGCGAUAGAAGCCCGCAAGAAAAUUAGCGUUGAUGAGAAGAGAAAGCACUACAGCGCUAUCCACAGAAUAAGUGCACACUUUCGAGAGCUGUUCAAGGGCCAAACGGUCGAACACAGCACUAAUGCUCAGUACGAAAAAUGGCUUUCCCAGCACCGUACCAUCCUUGCCCUCGAUCUUGAGGCAUCUAUCUUCUUGAACAACUGGACCGGUGUCUGCACAAUCAUCGAAGAAGCUAGCCUAUUCUUAGAUGAGAAGCUCAGCUCAGUAUUCCUAGACGGUAUCCUCCGCUCUGGUGGUCAUGUAAAAUCUAAAGUACAAGCAGUCAAGAUCCUGCUCCGCACCCUCCGCGCCUCUCCAUCCCCUUAUUUAAAUAAAACCACAUUCACUAUCCAAGCCAUUCCCCGCUAUAUCCGCUGUCUAUUCCAACUUUCCCUCGACGCAGCAGAGUACCAGCUCGCAGAGUCGAUUCUUGAUCAGUCUCUCAUAUUAGUUCAAGAAAGACCUGCUAAAGCCGGGGAUUAUGACAAUCUGUCACUACCGGGGCUUCCGGAAGAUGAGAUACGAUGGCUAUCAGCCGUAGCAUUCAAUCGAGCGGUGGAUUACUACCUCGCUGCAGCGGAUGCGGAUUGCCGACGAUGGGCCGGGAAGGCAAUCAGCCUUGCUAAUAUGGCACAAGAUGAUGGUGCGCUGGGAAGGUUAUUACGGGGGAAGCUCGAGAUGUUGACUUGA